AUGUUCCCAUCGAGGCCGUCGCUGAACAUCGCUUUGCCCAAACGACUCAAUCUGGCGGCCCUGGGUUCUCCAAAGCGACCGACAACGGGACGCCGAAGGAGCAGUUCGAAGCCCAAGACAUUCGAUCCGAAAAUCGAGCAUGUCUCUUCGUUACAGAGAUCUUUUUCGCCUGCAGAAGGUGUGCGGUAUCUUCGCCACCAACACAAGUGGACGCUUUUCGACCUGCAAUAUGUCGUUCUUGCCAUGUUCUGUCUGUCCUCGUUGUACAUCAUCGAGGCGCACGCUCCUCUUAUCAAGUCGGCUGCCGUAGUGGCAUACACGCUGCUGCUAUUGACGCCAGUGACCAGCCAGUUCUUCCUGCCCUCCUGGCCGAUAUGGACGUACCUAUUGUACUUCUUUUCCAGUCGUUACAUUCCAACCGAAGUCCGCCCUCACAUUUGGGUAAAGGUUCUGCCGGCUUUGGAGAACGUUCUAUACGGGGCAAAUUUGUCCAACAUCCUCUCAGCGCAUACGCAUCCAAUCCUCGACGUCUUCGCCUGGAUCCCCUACGGUAUCGGACACUUUGGCAACCCCGCAAUCUGCUCCGCAUUGAUGUUCCUGUUCGCAGCUCCGAAGACGCUGCCGGUAUUCGCAAAAUCCUUCGGCUGGCUGAGCAUAUUCGGUGUCACCAUGGCUCUCGUGUUCCCGUGCACUCCGCCGUGGUACGAGAACAUGUAUGGCCUCGCGCCCGCCCAUUACGGAAUGCCUGGUUCACCCGCCGGCUUGGCACGAAUCGAUAAGCUCUUCGGAGUCGACAUGUACACCACGAGUUUCACAACCGCACCCGUGCCGUUUGGUGCCUUCCCAAGUCUGCACGCCGCGGACGCGACGCUCGAGGCUCUGUUCCUGAACUACUGCUUCCCCCGAUUCCGAGCCUUCUUCAUCUUCUACGUCGUCUGGCUGUGGUGGGCCACCAUGUAUUUGAGCCACCACUACGCUGUCGACUUAGUAGGCGGUAGCUUGUGCGCUGCCAUCAUCUUCUUUGUCGCCAGGACCAGAUACCUGCCCCACCAGCAGGGCGAAAAGUCGAACCGAUGGCAAUACGACUUUGUCGAGAUCGGUGAGAUGAAGAAGGCCGCCGACGAGGAGCUGGGCUACGGCCUAGGCUUGUUGGAAAGACGCGGCACAGGCGACGACGAUGAGUGGUCGGUUGGCAGCAGCACUCUGUAUAGCCCCACCAUCGCCAGCGGCAGCUCCAGUCCAGCUAGUCCUGUGCUCGAAGAAAACAGACGAAGCGCAGACUCUAGCAGUGCUGGCUCGGCAUCUCGUAACCGGUUUUGA